CGAUCGCACCUCUCAUCCCCGACAGUCUGAGACCCUAAGGGAACAGCGCGUCACCCUCUCAUCCCCGGGACAAGUUUCAAACUCCCCCACCUGUCUCUACUCUGCCCCCCGUUGCCAUGGAGACGACCUUUUUCCUCAUUUUGCUCAGUGCAGGUCUCAGCACAUCAGCCUUGUCCAGUCACUACAGACAGCUGUUCCUAACAGACAGUAAGAUCACCUGGGCUGAGGCACAGACCUACUGCAGAGAGAAUUACACUGACCUGAUCACAGUGUACAACGAGGUGGAACAAAUCCAGAUUGAGAAGGUCAUAGAAAAAAUAAAAAUGAAAAUACCUGACCUGUAUGGCAUUUAUUUAGGCCUGAGACGCCGUCAGGGCGAUACUAAAUGGUCCAACGGAGAUAUCGUUCAUUACGAUAAUCAUUCCCACGGCACUAAUGGAACAAAACCGUACUGCCACUCCAUGUCGGCAAGCGGGCGAUGGGAGAACGUGAGCUGCACAGAGAGGAAAUCUUUCAUGUGUUACGACGAAGGUAGCCCUCUCAGUUACACCCUGAUAAAGCAGGAGAGCUCGUGGUGUGAUGCUCAGCAGUACUGCAGGGUGCACCACACUGACCUGGUCAGCAUCAACAGCAGCACCCAGAACACAGACGUGCGGGAUUUGGGGCUCAGUGGCGCCUCCUUCUGGAUCGGCCUGAUGAGCGCAGACAGGGAGUGGUCUGACGGGGGCUGCUCCCCCUACAGAUAUUUUUUUUACAACCCUGCACCUGACUGUGUGAAAAUAAGUCCUAGAAGAGACGAAGGCUGGAAGGGAGAGAAUUAUCACAUCCAAGUGGUGAAGGAGCUCAAGACCUGGGAGGGCGCUCUGGACCACUGCGACAGGGAGUACGGGGGUCUGCUGCGUGUCGAGUCCCUCCAGGACCAGCGCAUUGUGGAGGCGGCGCUGAAGAGGAGCAACGUGUCGGGGCCCGUGUGGCUGGGCCUGAGGCAGAGCCGUCUCUUUGGGUUCUGGAUCUGGCCCAACGGGGCCAACGUGGAGUGGAGCAACUGGGAGGGAGGGAGCCAACCGGACAAGGCCCUGUCCCACAACUGCGGCGCCAUGGCAACCAGCGGCCCGGGGAAGUUCAAGUGGAGCGACCGGGACUGCCUCUCCAAAAGCUACUUCCUGUGUGAGGGGCAGUAA